CACGAAUUUAGCGUCACCGGUUUAGACGGUAGCCGAUCGAGAAACGGGGCCGCGGUUUAUGCUGAUUUCCCCCCUUCCCUUUCGCAUUCCAUUUAAUAAAAAUUAAAAAAAAAAAAAUUUGGUCUGGUUGUUCUAGGGUGUCUCCUUCGUUUGCUUCCCUCUGCUAAAGGCCGCUUUUCCACAGUGCCGCUUUUCUUCUUUCUUUCCCCUAUUAUUUAGUCGCACUCUCCGUCCAUUUCCAGACCUCGGCAUUCCCACACAUAGAUAGCAGUCCUUCUUCUUCUUCUACUUUCCUCCACGUUCCUCCACCUUUGACCUUCUUAUAACCUCUUUCCCCGUUAUGUAAUUUCUUUCGCCGGAGAUUAUUGUUUAUUGAGGUUCUUUUCUCUCUCUCUCGAGUAGGCCCCGGACGCAGGGGAAGCAACAAACAGCUGAACCGAUUCCGGCCAGCCAUGGCUCUCCUGCUUCGUUCCUUUCUGCUCGGUUUGAUCUGCAUUGCUCUGUUUUCCAGCCGCUGCUUUGGCGCCGACCCAACGGUCUCUUACGAUUACAAACUCACUUACAUAACCGCCUCCCCUCUCGGCGUUCCUCAACAGGUGAUUGCUGUGAAUGGACAGUUCCCUGGUCCAGUCCUGAAUGCUACUACCAACUACAAUGUCGUUGUGAAUGUUAUCAAUGAGUUGGAUGAAGGUCUCCUCAUUACUUGGCCUGGGAUUCAAAUGCGGCGAGAUUCGUGGCAAGAUGGUGUCCGGGGCACAACAUGUCCAAUUAGGCCAAAGAAGAAUUUCACUUAUAAUUUCCAAGUGAAGGAUCAGAUUGGGAGCUACUUCUACUACCCCUCGCUGAAUCUCCAAAGAGCAUCUGGUGGUUUUGGCCCUGUAAUUAUCAACAACAGGGAUGUUAUUUCAAUCCCUUUUGCACAGCCUGAUGGCGACAUUAACCUCCUCAUUGGGGAUUGGUACACUCAAAACCACACGGCAUUGAGGACUACUCUUGAUUCUGGGAAUGAACUUGGAAUGCCUGAUGGAGUUCUAAUUAAUGGGAAGGGACCUUUCAAAUACAACUCUAGUGUACCUGAUGGUAUUAAGUAUGAAACCCUUAAUGUCGAUCCAGGCAAAACUUACAGAUUUCGGGUGCACAAUGUGGGCACUUCAACUAGUUUGAACUUCAGAAUUCAAGGUCACAAUCUGCUUCUGGUGGAGACAGAGGGACGUUAUACAUCACAACAGAACUACACCAGCUUUGAUAUCCAUGUUGGCCAGUCUUACUCAUUCUUGGUCACCAUGGAUCAGAACGCAACCAGUGACUACUAUGUUGUGGCAAGCGCCCGAUAUGUGAAUGAAACAGUUUGGCAGAGAGUCACUGGUGUUGCCAUCUUGCACUACUCCAAUUCCCAGGGACCAGCCGCUGGUCCUCUGCCUGAGGCACCAAACGAUAUCUACAACCAGUGGUCUGCCCUGAACCAGGCAAAAACUAUCAGGCAAAAUACAUCUGCAAGUGGGGCUAGGCCAAAUCCACAGGGCUCAUUUCACUAUGGCCAGAUCAAUAUUACCAACACAUACAUUUUGAGGAGCUUGCCACCGGUUUCAAUCAAUGGGAAAAUGCGCGCAACUCUAAAUGGAAUAUCGUUUCGAAAUCCGGAUACACCAAUCAGGCUUGCUGAUGUUCACAAGGUGAAGGGAGCGUACAAGCUUGAUUUCCCCAGUCAGCCGAUGAACAGACCUCCUGUGGUGGACACAUCUGUCCUAAAUGCUACAUACAAGGGGUUCGUCGAGAUCAUACUGCAGAAUAAUGACACCAGGUUGCAGAGCUUUCACAUGGAUGGUUACUCAUUUUUUGUUGUCGGGAUGGACUGGGGAAUCUGGUCUGAGAGCAACAGGAACGGAUAUAACAACUGGGAUGCCAUUUCUCGCUCCACGGUUGAGGUGCAUCCUGGAGCGUGGACCGCCGUCCUAGCAUCCCUCGACAAUGCGGGUGUAUGGAACCUGAGAGUGGAGAAUCUCGACAGGUGGUAUCUCGGUCAAGAGACAUACAUGAAAAUAGUCAACCCCGAGGAGAAUGGUGAAACUGAGUUUGCUCCACCCGACAAUGUAGUGUUCUGUGGCCAGCUUCAGAACCUGGAGAAGGACAAGAAGUCCAAUGCAGGAGGGUCGACAAUGGCGAGGAGAUCGAACGUGUUGGUCAGUCUGGCGAUGGCGCUUUCUGCUGUCUUCUUCUACUGCAUUUUGGUCUGAAACAUUUUUAUACAAAGUGUGAGUGGAAAGAAACAAAGAGAUAACACAAAAGGUCUAAUUUUUAUGAGGGAAUUGUUAGUGGCUAUUGAUCCUGUUGAUUUAACUGUGUAGUCUCUUCUAAAUGUUCUUGUUUUGUUUAUAGAGGUGGUUCUUCUCAGUUCUCACUUUGUUAGUGCUAAAUGUUAACCACAGCAUUCAAAAUCAAUCCGUUCCCCUUAGUUUCCUUUUUUCUAAAUAUAUAUAUCUAUAUUGUCGUCGUAUUUAUUAAUUAUCAUGUUUUGCUCCUCCAUUUCGGGGUCGUUGUCUCAUUGUCUGGUCCUCCAUUAAUGGCCGUUGACUAUCCUAAUAAUGAUCCGAGUGUCUCUCGCUGUCUCUACCUUUGCAAUCAUUCGGUUCGAUGCACGUUGAUGUGGGCCUCCGAGCGGCCCAUUGGACUGCCCCAACUGUGUGGCGGAACUAGGAGAUCAGAAGCCCGAAUGUUUCAUACGGGCUGGGCUGAAGUUGACUUGUGGGAUGCGAAUGGUCCAUUGCCAGUGUUGGUCCAGGCCGAAAUGAUGAGCAGGCGCGGGACCCAGAAAAAUACGGCGAACAUCAUCAAGAGAAUUAAUCAAACAUGGGGAAAUCAAAUAUUUGUUGAUACACCCACAUCAUUAAAAUCAACGACAAAAAGGACAACAUUAAAAUUUUUCAGACAAUUUUCUCGUUAUCAUUCGAAGAAAGAAGAGGAAAUUAACAAACCCUAAUUAUUGAGUCACAUAAGCAUGCAUGCCUGCCGGCUUCUUUUUCCAGUGCAAGAGCGUGAAGCCCCUCCCUUUUGACUAUGAAGCAGCAUUGCACUACACUGUGACAACUGCAUGCUGCUGUCUCCUUUGGUAGUCAUAUGAUGACGGAAUUUGGAGACUGCCCAGAUAAGAGCAGACCAAAAAGAAAGAUGCAGAUGUACCCUAAACCAAAACAACACAUAUAUAUAUAUAUAUAUGUUAAAAAACUCUAAACACUUUUGGUCUAUUUAAGGGCAAGGUGAUCGAUCAUCAGCUAGAAAUUAAGGAACAAUGGUGGCAGUUUUGGCUGCCAAGAGCUUUCCCUCGUCUCGUUGCAUUCAGCUACCUAGCUUAUUGGUCGUACUACUGCAUAAUGUGUACGUGGGUUUUGUGGAUCUCUGCUUCAACCAUUGCAUAAGCGUAAGUAUGUACAUAUCCCCCAUAUUUCCUUUCACUUCCUUAUUCUUAGCUUGUCACUUGGAGAUUUCCAUUUGCAAUGGACGUGGUAAUGGCGGCUUAACCAUGAUGGGUUAAGAUCGAUGUAGUCCUGAUCGAUUGAUGCCUCACUAUACAAAAAACAUCAUUUUUGCUUGCCGCCCAUCUCUUGCUUCUCUAUGAUCAGAUGGCGUUUCUGUACCUUAAUUGGUAGCAAAGGAAAGUUAACUCGGGUCAUCAUGGACCAAACUAUAUAUAUAUCUUCUCCUAGCUACUAUAUCAUCUACACAGCUAAGCACGGGGCAGUUGCUGAUUCAUUAACCGGUCCUCAUUCAGGCUGUCAUUCUCAUGUUUGGGGAAGUGGGGGAGAUGACGGGUUUGGGUUGGGUAAAAGUGAAAGUCUCUCCUUCAACUGAAUGUCCUUCAACAAAUUGCCCUGUAGCUUUUCUUCUCUUUAUAGUUAUGCGGUAUAAGAUUCAUUAUUAAUUUUUUCUUCUUCUUCUUCAGUAAAUCGAGUUAUUCGGAUCAAUUAGUUUAUGAAAUGGUAUUAGAGCCUUCUGUGAUAGAGAUGUCUUCUGUUCGAAUGUCUCGAUCGAUGACCUUAUUUUUGAACUGUACGCAAAUUUCAAACUCGUACAAGUAGCUAGCUUGAGUUUGAGGGAGCGUGUUAGUAAAUGGCCUGAGAUAUG